GGCGGGGGUGGAGCCGGGCUCCGGGGCGGGGCGCGGGCGCCCGGGGGCGGAGGAGCCGGAGGCGGGAGGCGGGAGGCGACCGGGCCGUUUAAGCGGCCUCCCUCCCGCCCCCAGCCGCCGGGUCUGGCCCCGGCCCUGUCCCGACCCCCGGCCUGGCCCACUCCGGCCCUGCCCCGCCGAGCGGUCCGCCGGGCACGCGGGCGGCCUCCGGAGCAGCCCAAGCCCAUGAGGGCCGCGCGCCCGGCCGCCGGCGCUGACGAGACGGAGCUCCCGGCCCGCGAGGAGGAGCGGAGGAUCAAUGCGGUUCAAGAAUCGAUUCCAGCGGUUCAUGAACCACCGGGCCCCAGCCAAUGGCCGCUACAAACCAACUUGUUAUGAACAUGCUGCUAACUGUUACACACAUGCAUUCCUCAUUGUUCCGGCCAUCGUGGGCAGUGCCCUCCUCCAUCGGUUGUCUGAUGACUGCUGGGAAAAGAUAACAGCGUGGAUUUAUGGAAUGGGCCUCUGUGCCCUCUUCAUCGUUUCCACAGUAUUUCACAUUGUAUCAUGGAAAAAGAGCCACUUAAGGACAGUGGAGCAUUGUUUUCACAUGUGUGAUAGAAUGGUCAUCUAUUUCUUCAUUGCUGCUUCCUAUGCUCCAUGGUUAAAUCUCCGUGAACUUGGACCCCUGGCAUCUCAUAUGCGUUGGUUUAUCUGGCUCAUGGCAGCUGGAGGAACCAUUUAUGUAUUUCUCUACCAUGAAAAGUAUAAGGUGGUUGAACUCUUUUUCUAUCUUACGAUGGGGUUUUCUCCAGCCUUGGUGGUGACAUCAAUGAAUAACACCGAUGGACUUCACGAACUUGCCUGUGGGGGCUUAAUUUAUUGCCUGGGAGUUGUGUUCUUCAAGAGCGAUGGCAUCAUUCCAUUUGCCCAUGCCAUCUGGCACCUGUUUGUGGCCACGGCAGCUGCAGUGCAUUACUAUGCCAUUUGGAAAUAUCUUUACCGAAGCCCUACAGACUUUAUGCGCCAUUUAUGACCAAUCUGUACUAGGUCUCCAAAACAGUAUUAUUUCAAUUAUGGCACUUGGGAGUGGGGUAAGAGCCGAAAAUUGCACAGAGAAAAAGAAGACAACUGCACUGACUUCCUUUAUAUCUUUUGAAUAUAAUUACUGUGAAAGUAUAAAGGCUGUGUUCUGGAAUUUUCCCCCUCACAGCAAAUAAAUAAGGUAGUGAAUUAAUUAUUCAUUCCAUUCCACUAUCAUGAAGGACUCUGGAUAGACUUGGCCAACUGAUGUUUACAAACCAGAAUUUUGUAUUUUAAUUUUACAGAUUUUACUACAUGAUUUUUCUAAAUUACUAAGUCAGGUUGUAAAAGUCAGUGCAAUAACAAAUCUUCCUUUUUAAGAGAAAAUUAUUUCUAUCUCUUUCCCAUUAGCUGUGUAAAGAAUCAUGGACAGAACUUACACUACUUUUACCAUGUUUCAUCUUGGCAUAACAUGGUUAUUUUUUAAAUAGAAACCUUAGUUUUUUGUAAAUUUUUAAAAAAUAUUUCAUUGAAGCGCAUCUCUGCGUUUCCUCAUCCAUGUGAAUUUUUGCAGCAAGCUGUCAACAUUCCACAAACGAACAUUAUACCUCUUCUGAUAGUUUUAUUAAGCAUGGAGAAAUUGCCAAUUUUUAAAAACUGCAGUUUUCCAAACUUUUUGCCAGCCUCUGACUCUGAAUUCUGUGCUGCUUUGGGCCAUCUACUUGACCUAGUUUGGUUUACCAAUGAUGGACAAGUAUUUUGAUAUCAUCAACUUUUUCAGAAGAUUCAACUUUUUCUCUUUGCCUUUGUCAUGUUUUCUUCAGGGUCUCUGAAAACAGUGGAUGAGUAUUCCAUCUGAAUUACGAGAGUAUUAUUGGGUUGGCCAUCCACUGAAAACUCCUGAAGAGACUUACGAAUUACAGUGAACAGUGGUAUUGUCUGUUUGGUGCCCGACAGUUAAGUCAUCGUCACUUAGCUUUAUAUUAUCAAUUUGAUAUUCAUUUUAAAUUAUGAAACUAGAUGCAUGAAUUCACAUUUCUACCUUUCCUCUGCAUCUCCUGAUAUACUUUUCUUUUUCAUAGAAAAAUAUUUAAAGCACUGUUUGACAGAUAGAAACUCAUGUGUCGGUGGUCCAUGGGUUAUAUCCUGGCUCAGUGGAGUGAUAUUUAAUAUAUUAUUUUUGGUUUUCCCUAAGUGUCUUAUAUUAAGAUUAACAUAUUAGUUGUUUUGUUGGUUAAUCUCUUGUUGGUGUUUUCAUAAAUGAGCUGACCCUGCCUUUAGAUUGGGUGCUGACAUCGACUACUUUCUAGUAAUGGGUUUGAUCAAUGGAAUUGUUGGUUUGAUGAUACAUUUAGUCUCAUUCAUUGAAAUUUUGUACUGAUUUGGCUUUAAAAGAGGGUUUAUUUUGUAUGUGUAUGUUUAGAAUGCUCUGAUUUUGGUGAAUUGUAUGGGAAUGAGGCACAGAAGAACUGGUAUUUGCUGGUGAAUUCUUAAAUAGGCGAAGUACCCAGUGAUAACGACAACCAGACCACCCCUUUCUGCAUGAUUCUGAACAUCUAGAUGCCUGUUGUUUUAUUGUGUAUAUUUUAUUUUUAAUAUAUUAACUUUUGUAGAUUCAUUUGAAGUCUACUCAAAAGUAACACUGUCAAAACCACUAAAAUGUAUGUAAAAAAUUGUGCUGUAGACUAGAAUAAAAUUGUUACUUGGA